AUGGCCUCCUCAAUUCCUGGCGAACCGCCCUCGAACAUUCGCAUCUUGACUCUCAACUGCUGGGGUCUCAAGUACCUCGCAACCUAUCGCCAUGAACGCUUGUCCGAGAUCGGCCGGCAGCUGGCCCUUGCCAGUCCACCUCCCGAGAUAGUUGGACUACAGGAAUGCUGGACGCAGCAGGACUACGAAAGUAUUCGGAAUCAGACGCAGCACAUUCUGCCUUAUGGCAAAUACUACUUCGGAGGGAUCUUCGGUGCGGGACUGGCAAUUUUGUCGCGGUGGCCAAUCGAGGAGAGCACCAUGUACGCCUACCCGCUGAAUGGACGGCCGACGGCAUUCUUCCGGGGAGAUUGGUUCGUGGGCAAAGGCGUGGCAUGUGCACGAGUCCGGUUUGGCCCCGGCACGGCGGAUGUGGCCGAAGUGUUUUGCACCCACCUGCAUGCACCUUACGAGCGCGAGCCCCACGACUCCUACCUCUGCCACCGCACCGCGCAGGCAUGGGAGAUCUCCAAGCUGAUGCGCGGCGCGGCUGAGCGAGGGCAUCUGGUCAUUGGACUGGGAGAUUUCAACAUGCUGCCCUCGUCCUUCGCACACCGUCUCAUCACUGCCCAGAGCCCUGUCCGCGACGUCUGGCGCGAGCUCCAUCCCGACUCGUCCGUGGGAGCCGCCAUCGAUGCCGUUGAGCGCGCACGCAACCGGCCUAUCCCCUCGGCCGAGUUCAAUCUGGCCGAGAAUGGCGCCACAUGCGACGGCGCCUUCAAUACCUGGCGCUGGUCCAAAGCGUUGCGCAAAAGCCUCGAGAAGGGCGAAGACGUCGUUAUCGACAAUAAUGUCUCGGACCCUCGUGGGAAACGCCUCGAUUAUAUCUUCAUCGGUGACGGCGGCUACGCACCUGAUUUUCCUCAGCCUCGCUGGUCCGUCGAGUCCGUCUGCGUCGGCAUGACCCAACGCCACCCCACCCUACGCUGCUCCCUCAGCGACCACUUUUCCGUCGAAGCCAUCAUCACCUGCUCCUCUAGCAGCAACCCCGCGAGCGUAUCAUCCCACCCUCCCGACCCAGCUCCGUCCUUGCCUCACUCUCCAGCUCUCCACAAAACCACUUCUACCCCGGUUUCUCCUAACGCCGCCCUCUCCCCCGAAACAUACGACCAUAUCACCGACAUGAUCCAUACGUACGUGCUUCGCGAACGUUCUCAACGCCGCUGGCGCCUCGCGCACUUUCUGGUGUCGCUAGUGGUCUCGAUCGGGUGCAUGGUUGGCGUGUGGUGGGUCGGCAGCCGCACUUAUAUUGGGUUUAUUUUGAUCCUGGUCAGUACGCUAAACUUUGGCGCGGGCAUUCUGGAUGGCCUGAUUGGUGGCUUGUUUGUGUCGAGUGAGCUGCGUGCGCUAAAGGAGUUUGAAUGGGAGGUCAGGAAUGCAAGACGCUUGGUUGUUGCCGCCGAGAACGAUGCUGGUAGGACUGGUGCUGGCGCUGUGUCCGGGUCGGAGAGAAAGAAGGUGGAGUGA